AUGCCUCGCAACGGAGACGGUUCUUCUGACAACGGCCCCUUUGAGGAGGCCAAGCACGACAUCGUCCACGGCGCUGGCAAGGUCGAGUCUGACCAUGUCGACCGUGCCGACAAGACCGCCGACCUUCCUGAGGGCAAGGACGAGAAGGGCUUGGCUCUCGAGGGCGUCAACGCCAGCGGCGGCCAGAGCCAGGGCCUCGCCAAGGGCAAGGACGUCGGACAGGGCAACUAG